CAGCACCAUCAUCCGCUCAAGUUCGAUCGUACAUUCACCUCACAAGUGGUAUCCUCACUCAUAUUCUUAUAUAACCAAUCAUGCCAAAGACCUACGCUUGCUCUAUCUGCAACCAAGCUUUUCCAAAGUUCGCCGACUGCAAGGCACACGAGGCCAUGCAUUCACCAGAAAAAGCGUACUUCUGCACCUGGGACGGGUGUAACUUUGUGACAUUGCACAAAGCAAGCUUCCAUUAUCAUACUGAUGUGCAUACGGGCGAGCAACGCUUCGUCUGUCCUCACGAUGGCUGUGACUACAGAACUCACACCUCUUCCAACAUCACACAGCAUCGCAAGAAAGAACAUGGGUAUGUUCCUCGGUCGUGCAAUCGUCGUGGUCCCUCUGCAACAAAUUCAUCCGGGGCCCAGUCGCCGUCCCAGCCUCCGCCGCCAGCAGAGCCCCUUCCCCUUGGUACAUUCCACCAAUACCAAUACCAAUACCAACUCCAACCCAUGCAACCGCAACCCAUGCAAUCCUAUCCCACCCAAUAUCAACCCCAAUCCACUCAAUACCAGCCUCCCCCACCUAUCCACAACCAGUCGUUGAAAGUCUUGUACGGCCCAGCGGAUACCGCGGACGACUACACCAUGCAUACCGGACCCGCGAGGGCCCCCAAUGGGUGGACUGAGGGAUGCAUGUGUCCUGAGUUGAUGCAGAGACGCCCUUCGGAGAUGCCAGGGUAUGAGUAUAGGCGUUAUUAGUUUUGCAUCAUCUCAAGAAUCGAACGUCACUUUAUGUUACUUUUUUCUUUCUUGCUUUCUUUGUGAUAGUCGUUCUUUGAUUUUUCGUUUAUUUGUGCACCAUGAGGAACUCUGGGCACCCUUCCACUCGUUUAUAUAUUCCAUAUAUCACUUUGCGAUGUUUUCCC